AUGUCUGACUUCGACGACCUCAGGGACGAUGCCGCCCCCGCCGCCGCCCACCCCGGCGAGGCAGAUGCGGCUGUCUCGGUCGCCGGCGACUCAACCGCCGCCGCCCCUGUCAACCCCCGGAAGCGCAAGAAGUCAUCACGCGCCUGUGACUUCUGCCAUGUGAACCACCAGCCUUGUGAUAAUGCAAAGCCACGGUGUGGCUAUUGCGAGAGACACAACAAGUCGUGUCUGUACCUGCGGCCCCAGAAGAAAAGAGGCCCUGCGCAGGGCUACCGGAGUGCUCUGCACACCCUGAGGGAGAGUGCCGCCGCGUGGGGCGCCGCCCUCAAUCUCAUCCCCAGCCUGGGCCCCGUGGUUGAAGGCUACCUGAAGCAGCCCGAGGGCAAAAGGCUCGUCAAGGCCAUCCGGGACCCGGCUCAGCAGGAGUUCUUCAUCCAGGCAUGGCAACAGAGCGGCGUGUUCAAGACCUUCUUUGCGGAUGAGAUAUCAGGGGAGACGAAGCAUCACACCGGAUGCGGCGACAUCUACCUCAGCAGCUCCUGCAUCGGCCCCUACAUUACCACAGCAGCCUUUGCUCGCGAACUCUGA